UUCUGCUUUCCUCCCUUUUUUUGUGUCCCAGUUUUCUGCACAACACUCCCACUCUUCUCUGCAUCUUCACCACCGAAGGUUCGCUCAACUCAACUCUACAAGACCAGCUUAAAACAUGUCUACCAAGGUGGCCAUUGUAACGGGCAGCAACAAGGGCAUCGGGCUGGCCAUCGUCCGAGCACUCUGCAAAGAGUUCCAAGGAGACGUUUACCUGACCGCCAGAGAUGUCGGCCGUGGUCAGGAAGCCGUGAAGUCUCUGGCCUCAGACGGACUGAAGGCCAUGUUUCAGCAGCUGGACAUCAACGACAUAAACAGCAUCACCGCCGCCGCUGCUUACUUUAAAGAGAAGUAUGGAGGAGUGGACGUCCUCGUCAAUAAUGCCGGGAUAGCAUUCAAAGAGGCAGACACGACUCCAUUUGCAGUCCAGGCAGAGGUGACCUUCAAGACCAACUUCUUCGCCACCAGGGACAUGUUGACUCACUUCAUGCCGCUCAUUAAAGCUGGAGGCCGUGUGGUGAACAUCUCCAGCUUCGUCAGCUCCCUCACUUUGAACAAGUGCAGCGCGGCUCUCCAGCAGCGUUUCCGCAGCGAGGACAUCACAGAGGAGGAGCUGGUGGGGCUGAUGCAGCAGUUUGUUGACGCGGCCAAGAAGGGCGAGCUGCAGAAGGGUGGCUGGCCUGAAACGGCGUAUGGAACGUCCAAGACUGGACUUACGACCCUGUCCAUGAUCCUGGCUCGUCGUCUGUCCAAGGAGAGACCGAACGACGGGAUCUUGCUGAAUGCCUGCUGUCCAGGCUGGGUGCGCACUGACAUGGCCGGUGAUAAAGCCCACAAGUCACCAGAGGAGGCCGCUAUCACUCCGGUCUACCUGGCCCUGCUGCCGCCCGGAGCCACAGACCCUCACGGAAAGUUUGUGUCUGAUAAAGAAGUUCAGCCGUGGUGAAAUGUGUGUGUGUGUCCGUGAAUUAGGGCUGGGCGAUAUGGGGAAAAUCAAAUAUCCAAUAUUUCUGACCAAAUACUUUGAUAUCGAUAUGGCGACAAUAUUGUAGGGUUGGCAAUUGGUGCUUUCACAAAAUAUUUACCCAAUGAGAUUUGUGAUAAAUAAUCAUCAGUAAUGUGGACAUACUAAGUGGGUAAAGGCAAAUAAUAGAACAGUUACAACAGUCUAGUAGGUUCACUGUAAUGUAGCCUGUAAAACUAGGAAAAGACAUCUAUUAUGUCAUAUUACAAUAUUACGAUAUCCAAAAUCUAAGACAUUAUCUAGUCACAUAUCACGAUACCAAUAUAUUAUCGAUAUACAGUAUUGCCCAGCCCUAGUGUGAGUGUGAGUAAAUCAGUGUUUCCACUUUAGCACUAAAUUGCAAAACUUCCAUACAAAAUAUAUUUCUUUUCCAAAAAAAUAAACACGUCCAUCAUAUGAAAAAAUGACAGAAGCAUCACACAAUCUGGAAAAAAGUAUUAUAACAUUUAAUGUGUUGGUAAAGUUAACACACAAAGUUCAGCAAACCAAAAUGACUCAGAUUAGUCCAGGGAACACUGAUAUUUUGAAUGGUGUGCGUAUGUGUGCUAGGUUAUAUGCAACGAUAAUCAUGCAUGAAUAUUCAUAAGUGCUGGCUCAUCGCUGCCAUUUUUGAUAAAAACAUUUUUUAUAUUUUUUUACUUGGAGAAAGAAAAACUUUGCUUAAUUACCUAGAUGAGGCUUGGAUGUUGUGUACCCAAAGAAAAUAAAAUGUUUUUUUUUCUGGCUA